AUGGUGUCCCAACUAGCAUUAGAUCAGAUUAGUUUUGUAGGAAACCAGAAGCCCAUGUCCAACCCUGGCAUUCCAACCAUAGACCUGUCAAAACCCGAGUCCAAAACUCUUCUUGUGAAAGCCUGUGAAGAGUUUGAAUUCUUCAACCAUGGCAUUCCAUUAGAGUUCAUUGAUAGGUUGGGAGCUGAGGUUGUGAAGUUCUUCUCCUUACCUCAACUUGAGAAGGAAAAAGCUAGCCCUGCUAAUCCGUUUGGGUAUGGAAACAAUAGGAUUGGACCCAAUGGUGAUGUGGGCUGGAUUGAGUAUCUCCUCUUUCAAACCAAUGCCAAUUCCAUUUCUCAGAGAUCUUGGGCCAUUUCUAGAGAAAACCCAGAAAUCUUUUGCUCUGCUGUGAGUGAUUACAUAUCAGCUGUGAAGAAAUUAGCUUGUGGAGUUCUUGAAUCUUUAACUGGAGGGUUGAAGGUUGAACCAAGCUUAACUGGUUUUGGAGAACACAUUGACCCUCAAAUAAUAUUAGUUCUGAGAUCAAACAAUACAUCAGACCUUCAAAUCUCUCUCAGUGAUGGGAGCUGUGUUUCAAUCCCACUUGACCACAACUCCUUUGUCAUUGUUGGUGAUUCCUUGCAGGUAUAA